AUGGCGACCUCCGUGGGGCCAGCGGCGGUGGUGGCGGGCAGCAGGCUGACCUGGUGCGGCGUGGAGGAGACGCGUCAGAGGUACGCCCUGGAGGUGGACGGCCUGAAGGCGGAGGUGGGCCUACUGGUGAAGGAGCGCCGGCGGCAUGAGAGAGACGCUGAGCUGGCGGCCGUCACCGCGGCAGCGGCCACCAGGGCCGCGGCCGACGCCACCGACGAGCUGGAGCGCAUCAACGCGCGGCUCAAGGAGGCGCGGGCUUCUCUGGACGAGGCCAGCAGGCGGAGAGAGGGGGAAGCCGCACGGCUGGCGCAGCAGCAAUGCGAAUUGCAGGCCGUCGCCAGGGACGAGCUGCAGCGGCACAGGAGCGCGGUGGACGCCCAGGCGGCGGCUGGGGCGGCCGAGCUGGAGGAGCAGCGCGCGGCGGUGGCGGCGGCGCGUGAGGCGGCGGCGGGCAGGGCGCGAGCCCUGGACAAGGACGCGGCUGAGAUGGCGCUGCAGCGGACGCAGUUUGAGCAGCAGCUCGAGGCCUUCCAAGCGCAGGUGCGAGAUGCCAGUGCAGCACUGGCUGCCCGCGAGCAGCGGCUGCUGGAGGCGGAGGCCCUGGCUGCCAAACACCACGAGCGCGAGGCGGCGCUGGCGGCGCAAGAAGCUGGCCUGCAGCAGCGGCAGCAGCAGGCCGAGGAGGCCCAGGCAGGGGCCCAGCAGCGGCAACAGCAGCUUGACGAGCUGUACGGCCGCGUCAAGGCUGACUCCGCACAGCUGCGGGACCAGGCUGAGGGGUUUGAGGAGCGGCGUGCCGCCAUCGUCGCCGACCUCCAGGCACGCGAAGCUGCGCUGCAGGCGCGUGAGCAGGAGCUUUGCGCAGUGCAGGAACGGCUGCAGGAGGACCGCGCUCGUGCGGCGGCAGAUAUGUCACGUUUGGAGGAACGUGCGCGGGAGAGCCUGCGCGUGGUGCGUGAGGCGGAGGCCGACUACCUGGCGGGCCGCGACAGGCUCGAGGCACUGGAGCGCGAGAUUGCGGCGGCCGAGGAGGAUGUUGAGCGCCUGGCUGCUGUGCGAGGCACAGCGCAAGUGGAGGCGUCUGAGGCGGAGACUGCGGCGCAGCAGGCGCUGGAGGCGGGGCAUGCUGAGGUGAUGGUCCUGCGGCGCAAGUGGGACGAGCUGAGCAGCCAGGUUGCGGGGCUGUCUCGUGAGAGGGACGUGCUGUUGGACCAGAUCGCGGAGGACAAGGCAGAGUGGGCGCGGCUGCAGCAGCUGGAGUCAGAUGCGCUGGCCGCGCGAGAGGCCAAGCUCGGGGAGGACCGGGCACGACUGACUGCCGAGCUGGACGAGCUGCUGGGGCGGCAGGAGGAGCGGCUGCGCGCCUGGGAGGGGCGCGUGGCGGAGCAGGAGGCCGCACUGGAGGGCUUGCGGCAGGCCGCCUCCGAUGAGGAGCACAGGCUGCACAGUGUUGCUGACUCGCUGGCCGCCCAGGAGCAACACCUAAACACCCAGCGCGAGCAGCUGGCAGCAGAGGUUGAGGCGGCUCGGCGAGCAGCAGAAGCAGCGGCAGCGGAGCGCACCCAGCUGCAGCAGCGCAGCGCCCUGCUGGACUCGGAGCGCGAGCAGUUCCGCGGCUGGAUGCGCGACGCUAGGGAGGAGGCGGCACGCAGCAUCAAGGAGCGUGAGGCGGUGAUGACCGACUGGCAGCAGCGCCUGGAGCGCCGCCAGCAGGAGCUUGAGGAGGUGAGGGCGGCGGCGCAGGCAGAGGCGGGCAAGAGGGCGCAGGAGCUGGACGCCCGGGACAAGGGGAUGACGGCGGCGGAGGCCGCGCUGCGGGAGCGGGCGCGCUCUGCUGAGGAGUCUGAGGCGCGGCGGCAGCGCGAGGUGGCCGACAAGGAGGCCAGUCUGGGGCGGUGGGAGGCCGAGCUGCGGGCGCUGGACGCAGAGCUCUCCGCGCGCGGCCGCGAGCUGGCUGAGGAGCGGCAGCGGCUGGGGGAGGAUCGCCGCAGCCUGGAGCUGCAGGCGCGCGACCUGGCCGCGGCCGAGGCGCGCGUGGCGGCGCAGGUCCGCGAGGCAGAGGCGCUGCGUGAGGAGGCGCGGUCAGAGCGUGGCAAGCUGGAGGGGCGGGAGGCGCGGCUUGCGGCAGGGGAAGCUUCGCUGGAGGGGAGCCGCCGGGAAGUUGCACGGAAGCAGGAGAGCCUAGCCGCGGCAACUGCGGCCGCCAGCGAGCGCGAGGCAGCAGCCAACGAGCGAGAACGCGAGCUGCAGCGCGCCACCGACGCGGUUGCAGAGGCCCAACGGCGCCUGGUGGCAGAGCAGCAGCGAAUCGAGCAUGCGGCCACAGAAGUGAAAGCGGCGCGGGAAGCAGCGACGCACGCCUCAGAGGACGCGGCACGAGAACGCAGGGCAGCUGAGGCGGCGCGCCGUGCUUUGGCAGCGGUGGAGGCGGCUCUGGACGCACGGGAGGCCCAGGCUCGUGACAGCUGGGCGCACCUGCAGGAGCAGGCUGCCGCCCUGGCGCUGGGCAACGCCCCCGACACGUCCCCUGGGGAGCGCGUCCCCCGGCAGCUGCAGGAAGUCAGCGGGUGGCGCGGCGCCAGCAGCGCGGUGCUGCUCGACCCCACAGCCUCCCCUGAGGACGUGGCGGUGGUGUCGGAGACGCGCCGCGCCGCGCUGCUGGAGCGUGAGGGCGCCAUGCAGCGCUGGGCGGUGCAGCUGGAGCUCCAGGCGGCGCGCCAGGCAGCUGCCGCGGCGGCGCUGCGCACCCUGUCCAGCGACGUUGAGAAGCAGCGCGUGGCCCUGGCCGCGGACGUGCGCUCCAGUGACUCCCGGCGCGGGCAGCUGGACGUCCUGGCGGCUGAGCUGUCCAAGGAGCGCGAGUACCUCACGGCCCUCGCGGCACAGCUCACGGAAAAGAGCCAGGCGGUAGAAGCAGCUGAGCAGAGGCUGGCGGCCGCCGGUCAGGAGCUCGCUGCCGCGCAGUCCCGGGUGGGCCAGGCCCAGGUGGCGGCGGAGGCCAAGCUGCAGGCCGGGGCGCACGCGGCGGAGGAGGCGUCCUCGGCGGCGACGGCCACGGCGGCUCGGCUGCGUGAUGUGGAGGAGCGCGAGCUUGCGGUGCGGGCUGCGCAGGACGAGCUGUCAGAGGCGCGCACCGAGCUCGGGACCAAGGCCGCCGAGUUGGAGCAGCAGUCGGUCCUGAUUCGCCGCGCUGAGCAGCAGCUCGCUGAGCUGGAGGGGGAGAGGCGCAAGCUGGCUGCGCGCACGGCCGAGCUCUCCGUCAGCGAGGCAGACAUCCGGCAGCGCACAGCAGCGCUCGACAGGCGGGACGCCGAGCUGGCGGGCGAGGCCAGCAGGUUGGCAGCCGAUGCUGCUCAGCUGCAGCCCCGGCUGGCCAAGGCGGAAGCCCUUGCGCGGCUGGAGGUGGAACUGGCGGCCAGGGAGGCGGAGUGCCGCGUCAAGGCUGAUCAGCUAGCGCAGGGGCAAGCGGCCCUGGAGGCGUCGAUGGCACGGCUGCAGGCUGCCCAGGACCGCGUGGAUGGUGAGCGUGCGCGGCUGGUGGAGCAGCAGCACCAGCUGGCAGUGGAGCAGCAGGCCAUGGCGGCGUUCAGGCAGGACAGAGCGCGUGUGAUGGAGGAGCUCUCUGUGAAAGAUGCCGAGGUGGGGCAGCGCGUGGCGGCUCUUGAGGAGGCAGAGGCGGCACUGCACGAGCAGCUGGCGGCGCUGGAGGAGGGUGUCGCGGCCCUAGAGGCAGACAAGGCGGCGGUGGCGGCUCAGCAGCGGCAGGUGGAGGAGGCCCGGGCGCUGUCACAGAAGGACGCUGAGGGUCUGCUGGCCGAACGUGUCCGGCUGCAGGAAGAGGUGGGCCGCCUCAAGGAGCAGUCGCAGGCCGAUGCGGCGCGCACGGCAGCGGCGCUCGAGCAGCGUGGGGAGGUUUUGGCCAAGCAGGCGGCGGACCUGGGGGCGCUGAGGGAGGCCUUGGCUCGUAGUGACGCGGAGCUCAGGGCUGCCCAGCUGGAGCUGCAGCUGAGGUCGCGGCAGGCCGCGCACGAGGAGGGUAUUACGCGUGACACGUUGCGCCAGCAGGAGGCGGCGCUGGCCGCGGAGAGGGCCGACCUGGAGCGCCAGGGGGCCGCCCUGGCGGAGGACGCAGCGGCCGCGCACCAAGCCCUCGAGGCAGCCGCGGCCAUGCGUGCCGCAGCAGACGAGUCGGCCCGCUCCGUGGCGGCGCGCGAGGCCGCCGUUGCAGCGCGCGCGCAGCAGCUUGCGGAUGCCGAGCGCGGGCUCGCCGCCCGGCAGGCGGAGGCGCUGCGCACCCUGGAGGCGAUGGAGGCCGGCAUGCGGCGCGGCCUGGAGGCGCACCGUGCGCGCAGUGAGGAGCUGCUGGGGCGCGUGACGGCCGACCUGGAGGAGCGCGCGGCUGAGCUGGGUGCGAAGCAGGAGCGGCUGCUGGCCGAGAUUGCGGCCCACAGGAGCCACGUCAGCACCGAGCUCGCGGCGGAGAGGCACAAGCUGGCCAGUGAGAUGGAGGUCGCCGAGGUGCGCGCCAGCGCGGAGCUGGAGCUGCAGGCACGACUGCUGGAGGCCACACAGCAGGACGUGGCGAGGCGCGAGGCGGCUGUGAAGCAGCGCGAGGCGGCGCUGUCGGAGCAGGAGCGCGGGUUGCGCGAUGCGGCGGCGGCGGCCCGCGACCGGCAGCAGCAGGAGAGCGCCAAGCUGGCGGAGGCUGAGAGCCGUGCCAAGGCCACACAGCAGCAGGCGCAGCAGCUCAUCGACUCGGCGCGCCAGGAGGCGGCUCAGCUGGCGGCACAGCGCUCCAGCCUCGAGAUGUGGCAGCGGCGCCUGGAGUCGCGCCAAGCGGAGCUGGAAGAGCUGGAGGCAGCAGCUGCGGACACACUGCAAGACGCCCGGGACGCAGCGGCCGCUGCGCUCGCAGAGAGAGAGCAGGCGCGCGCCGACGUCACCGCUGCGCGGCAGCAGCUGGUGGCCCUGGAGGCGGAGCUCGACGCCACACGCGUGCGCGCAUCCGCGGAGCAGCAGGCGGCAGACUCAGGCCGCAGCAGCCUGGCGCGCGAGCGGGCGGCGCUGGAGGAGCAGCGGCGCGGGGCGGCGGAGGUGCUGCGCCAGUUGGAGGCGCGGGAGGACUCCUUGGCCCAGCGGUCAUUUCAUGCAACCUCCGCCACUCCGCCGCCGCCACCCGCCGCCGGCCCCACCGCCGCGCACCAGGCGGAGGCCGAGCUUGACGCCCUGCGCUCAGAGCUGCGGGCAGAACAGACGGCCCUGGCCCGCCGCAGCGCCGGUGUGACGGCCCAGGCCAAGGAGCAGGCGGCUGCGGCCGCGGCGCUGCAGGCGGAGCGCGAGGGCCUGGUGCGUGCACAGGCUCUGCGGGGUGAGCUGGCGGCCAAGGAGGCGCGGCUCAGGGUGGAGGCCGAGGCUGCCGAGUCCCAGAAGGAGGCCUUGGCGGAGGAGGCGGCGCGUGUCGCGCAGCUGCGCGACGAGCUUCUGGCACAGAAGCGCUCCACCAGUGCUGCCAACGCCCUGAGCAAGGAAGGCGCAGCCCGUGCUGCCGAGCUGGCGUCCCGAGAGGCGGCACUUGACGCGGCCCGGCAGGAGCUGCAGCAGCGCGAGCGCCAGCUUGGCCAGAUCCGGUCAGAGCUGGAGGGGGAGCGCUUGUCGUGGCGCGCCACUGCGGAGGCGGAGCAGUCGCGGCUGCUGCGCGUGGUGCAGGAGCAGGGGGUGGCGCUGGCCGACAAGGAGCGCCAGCUGGAGGCGCUGCGCGCAGAGCUGCAGCAGCAGCUGGCGGCCGGGGCCAGCGACCUGGACGCGCGCGAGAGGGAUGUGCGUGACGCCGAGGCACGCGUGCGCGCACAGCAGGAGGCCCUGAGGCGCGCGCAGGAGCGGGCGACGGCGGCGGAGGGCGCUGAGGCUGUGCUGCGAUCGCGUGAGGCCGACCUGGCGGGGCUGGCGGCGCGGCUGGAGCGCGAUGCAGUGCAGCUGGCGGCCGUGCGCAGCAGUCUCCAGGACGUCCACCAGCCGGCCGUCCUCAAUCCCGCGCUGCAGGAACGCUCCCGGGCGCUGGACGACCGCGAGAUGGCGGCUGCGCAGGCAGCAGCGGCGUCCGCAGGCGCAACGGCGACUGCCACGCCCCCAUCUCCAGUUCCAGCCCCCUCGCUGCCGCUGCCGCCGCCGCGGCAGGUGGGCCUGGCCGCUGAGCCCAGCGACCUGUCCGCCAGCGCCCCAGUGACCAUCAACAGCCGCCAGCACCGCACAGUUAGCGCCCUGCUUGCCAGCUUGCAGCAGACAGCGGCGCGCGGCUCAGAGCGGCUGCAGCGCCUUGAGCGCGUGCUGGCCACCAUUGCCGCGGACGCGGCCGAACCCGAGCGCGUGCGCAGUACGUACGCAACCGUGUCCGCCCUGGGCCGCGAACUGCUGGAGCUGCAGCAGUCCAACGCCGAGUUUGCAGCGGCGCUGGAGGCGGUGGGCACGCGCGGAGAGCUUGCAGACGUGAAGCGGCGGCUGGAGGGUCACCAGGCACUGCUGGGGGCCUGGGAGGAACGGGUGCGGCGCGCCCUGGAGGACGUGACAGAGCUGCAGAGCCCCUCGCGCCGCAACUCGAUGCUGCUGUCAGCGCCGCCCGCCACCAGGGGCGCAGGCUUGCAGGCAGGGACGCUGCGCCGGGCUGCCUUCACUCCUGGACCAUCGCUGCUCCGGGGCGAUGGCAGCAGAUAG